AUGAAUUCAUCUCAAAACAAAAUUAAAUCUUAUGGUAAUGAUGAUCUUGAUGAUUUACUUGGUGAAUUUAAUAUACAAAAAAGUUUAGGUGAACGUCUUUGUUUAUUAGAAGAUUAUAAAAUAAUAAUUGUUUGUGAUGAUUCUGGAUCAAUGAAUACAACUGUUGAUGGUAGUCAAGAUACUCGAUGGGAUGAACUUUGUUCAAUUGUUAAAUUAUUAAUAGAAAUUUGUAUGUUAUUUGAUUCUAAUGGUAUUGAUAUUUAUUUUCUUAAUCGAGGACGUUUUCUUAAUGUAAAAACUUCUGAAUUUGUUGAUAAAAUAUUUUCGAAUCGUCCACGUGGUUAUACACCAUUAGUACCUAUAUUAAAGAAGAUAUUUAAAUCAUCAUCAACUCGUGUAAAUGCAGAUCAUAGAAAAACUCUUGUAUUUAUUGCGACAGAUGGUGCACCAACGGAUGAAAAAGGACAUGUUAAUUUGGAAGAACUUGAAUGUUUAAUGAAUGUAGAACGUGAAAUAGAAACAACUCAUGUCAUGUUUUUAUUAUGCACUGAUGAUCCAAUUUAUAAUGAUUGUUUAACUGAUUGGGAUAAUAAAAUGAUCAAUAUGGAUGUUACAGCCGAUUACAUAACAGAAAAAGAAAAAAUUCAUACAUAUCGUGGUAAAAAUUUUCCAUUUUCAAAAGGCGAUUAUGUUGUUAAAGCAUUACUUGGUGCUAUUGAUCCGGAUAUUAAUAAUCUUAAUCAACCUGAUGAAGAUAUUUUUCUUGAUCAAUAA